AGGCCAACCCAUCCAAGCUUCGAUGGUAAACUAGAGCCACUUGAUCUUCCAUGCCUCUCAUACGCAGAGGACCAAAUAAGCCGUUGUCGAUAGACAGCAGGACCGAUGUCGAAAACCCCAGCGGUGCCUCCCCUGCGGGAACAUAUUCAUCGACAGGGACGAAACGACCUGGUCGUAUUUCGUCGUUGACAUUGUUGAAGUGGCAGGAAAUAUUGCAACAAUGGCUUCAGAAUGUGGUGCAAAAAUUUGGACUGAAUUGCCGCUUAUCCGUGUUCCUACUUUUUUUUUCCUGUGUGGUUGCCAUGGGCAUCGCGAUUGCCGUCCUCACUAAUAUGCUCGUGAUAGGGCCUCCAGGGAAAAAUUAUUUCUCCCCAAGCUAUUGGAGACGAACCCACUCUCUAUCUACGCAACAGCUACUCGACCUUCGGCAUAGAUUUCCAAUACGCGUCGAUAUCAACAACACAGAGCACACGGAAUCAAUCAUUCAUCCGGGGUAUCUUUUAACGGAUAAAGAUCGAAUGCAAGAGUUGUUGCAAGCAGAAUUUGAAUUAGUCAACAUGACGGUUCCAAAAUUCUGGGAUCCAGUUUGUGCUUUCGGGCAGUUCGAUGGGGGGGUAAGAGAAUUCCUUGGCAAUGGUGGCAAAUACCUCAUCACACCAACCGAGGCGUCGGCGAUUGGGAGUUUUUACGAAGGGGAACGCACCAUCUUCAUUGCCAUUGCCUCGUAUCGAGACCCAGAAUGUUCACUCACAGUAGAAGAUAUAUUCGCACGAGCGAAGCACCCCGAACGACUCAGGGUUGCCAUUGCCGAUCAGCGGAAAGUCGAUGGAAAUGAUCCUAGCUGCCGACCGCCGGGUGAGGACUCGUGCCGUGAGGCUCCGGAUCAAACCCUUUGUCCCUAUGCUGACCGCAUUGAUUACAUUGAAUACCCAUCCAUACUAAUGGUAGGGCCUGUAUUCGCACGCCAUCUGGUCAAUCGAAUGUAUCGCGGCGAAUACUUUGCCAUGCAAGUUGAUUCCCAUGUUCGAUUUGUAGCAAAUUGGGACGAAGAUCUCAUUGAUCAAUGGGAUUCUACCGGGAAUGAAAUGGCUGUUCUUACGAAUUACAUGACCGAUCUCGGGAGGCACUCUAUCGACCCAGUAACACACGAGAGUGCCGGCAAUCGGCGAUCGCUAAUGUGUAAAUUUGACUACGAAUGGAAUCCAGGUUCGAUGGCACACAUUAAAUUCGGUGAACAACCUGUCAAGGCUCCAACAGUAGAGGACUCGCCUAUGCUGCAGCCUUUUUGGGCAGCUGGAUUUUCUUUUGGUCGGGGACACUUUGUAGUGUAAGUGAGACUAGCUUUAAUUACUUGCGCGUAUGGUUUUGUAAGGGCUGAGCAAUUGAUUGUCUAACAAAAAGUCUUUUUUGUCUGUGCUAGUUCGGUACCAUACGACCAUUACUUGCCAUCUGUCUUUCAGGGCGAAGAAAUAUUACAGACAAUUCGGGGCUUUUCAUUUGGAUACGACUAUUACGCGCCUUUGCGUAACGUGGCCUACCAUAUGUAUGCCGUGAGAUUCAACUGGAAAAAGCGUAACGAAGUCCCGAAAUUCACCGAAAAUCAAGCUAUAUUCGGUCGAGCAGUCAAGGAGCAAGCAUGUAAGUUUCCAUGUUCAAAACAUAACAAGAUCAAAGUCUCCAUAGUUUUUGUAGCUCUUACAAUUUGAGAAUUUCAUUAAUUGUAAUGCUUCAUCUCGAAGAUCAUCGGCUCAUCGGAAUAUCUGGAACUUCAGACCCAGCUCCCGAUUACCUACACUUAGAAGAAGAACGAUACGGGUUGGGGCGGAUACGUUCUCGGGAACAAUUUUUCAAUACAUUUGGUAUCCAUCCAGAAACAAUGAAAAUUGAAGAAGAUCUCUGCUCUUUUGUUGACUCGAUGCAUACUAAGUUUAAACCCUUCUUACGAUACGACAAAAUGGGCAUUGACUACAGUAGAAUAACUUACCAGCAUAAAACACCAGUGCGAAACCCUAUUCAAAUCGACGAAGAAGAGCUAUUGAGACUACAAGCAAAAUUGCGAGAACAGAUAAAGCCUCUUGACAAGGAAGCAUACUAAAAGAAUACAUUAACUAGUUGUUUAGAGACGAACCAGUUAUGACGGCGUAGCAGCUUUUUUGGCGUCUCCCUUCAAAACUUGCCAUAUACCAGUUUUGCUUUCGUACCGAAUGAUUCCUGUGACGACCUGAGUAGCCAUGAAAGCAGCGAGUGCCCACCAUAUUUGAGACAAGCUUACUGUUACUGCAUUCAAACUCCAAAAUGUGAGCAUUCCAAUACAAACGAAGUUAGCAG